AUGAAACGGUCUUUUUCGCCCACAACGCGGCACAUACGCCUGCCUCACAUUUGCGCAUUCUGUCAGUCACACUGCGCAUCCUUAUUGACCGCCCAGCCCUCAUCAUGGGCGCGGACGAGGUCCCGUCGCUUGCCCGAAUCGCCGAGACGUUUGUUCAGCAGCUCAGUCCACGCAGCAAAGAGCAAUGAGAUAUGGAAUGGCACGAGGACCAUCGAUACUUCACAAGCAUAUCCACUAUCAGGCUACUACUACGAUGUCUUAAACAACCCUUACCCACAACAACAGCAACAGCAACCACCUGCAAUUCGUACCAUUAACGAACCCAAUAUACCCGCAAAGGAGCCUACGAAGGAAGAAAAAAUGUCGAUAGUGUUCGGCACCCGUCUCGCCGGACCGGGAUACCAAUCAUCAAGAUACAAUCCCGAGACAAUGCCGCCGGAAUCCACCUGGAGGACGAUAAACGGGGUGCCGAUACCGCCGCGACCUUCGGAGCCGGAUAAUUGUUGUAUGAGUGGCUGUGUGCAUUGUGUAUGGGAUGAUUAUCGCGAUGAUCUGGAGACCUGGGCUUCGCGGAUCAAGGAGGCGAAGGCCAAAGCGCAGUCGGGUGCAGCGGCAGAUCGGGCGAGACUGACGGAUAUGCGGCAACGGCCUCGACAGGAGGUUGCUAGUGCUAGUGCGAGUAUGGAUGACGAUGGUGGUGGGAGUGAAAGGAAUUGGGAGUUGCCUGCGGAAACGACGGCAGGAGAGGAAGAUGAGUUGUUCUCGGGUAUUCCGGUAGGCAUUAGGGAGUUUAUGAAAACGGAGAAGAAGCUACGGCAGAAGAAACAACAGGAGAGCAUAGGUGCAGAUUAG